CUGAUAGAAGUGAUUGCCAAUGAUCGGCUGGGCGGCAAAGUGAGGGUCAAAUGCAGCCCGAAUGACACCAUCGGGGAUCUCAAGAAGCUCAUCGCCGCUCAAAAGGGCACGAAAGCGAACAAGAUUGUGCUCAAGAAGUGGUACAGCAUCUUCAAGGAUCACAUCACCUUGUCAGACUAUGAGAUCGGCGACGGCAGCUCGCUCGAGAUG